AACUUUUUUGUUGUCACAGUUAAUGUUAGUGUUAUGGUAGAGUACUACUAGUUAGUGUUAGACCUAAUCCCAUUUUAUUAUCACCAAGAAUUUGGUAAAAGAAUACACAAUAAUUAUUCAAAGAAUAAAUACAUGAAUAAAUUGUCUUUUUGUGCGUCUUGAUCUUUUGGUCUAAAAACUCUCUGCACACACGCACACAUAUAAAAUUCAAACAUUCAAACAAAUACAUGUAACCCAAACACUUAUGUUCAUUAUUGAUAAAUCUGAACACUAGUAACAAAAGGUUCUUCAAAGCUUGAAAACUCAUCUCCUCUUUCUUUGUCUUUCCCUCUCCGAAACAGAUAUUCAAACAAAGGAAAACGAUGGCGUUUCAUCACAAUCAUUUCAAUCACUUCACCGACCAACAACAACACGAGCCUCCUCCUCCGCCGCCGCCGCCGCAACAACAACAUUUCCAUGAAUCCGCACCGCCUAAUUGGCUCCUCCGAUCCGAUAACAAUUUUCUCAACCUCCACACAGCCGCCUCCGCCGCCGCAACAAGCUCCGAUUCUCCUUCUUCCGCUGCUGCUAACCAGUGGCUCUCUCGAUCCUCCUCCUUCCUCCAACGCGGCGGUGGCGCCAACAACAACAACGGUGGCUCAGGUGACGCCAUCGAUGACGUCACCGGCGGAGAGGAGUCAAUGAUCGGCGAGAAGAAGGAGGCGGAGAGGUGGCAGAAUGCGAGACACAAGGCCGAGAUACUCUCUCACCCACUCUACGAGCAGCUGUUGUCGGCACACGUGGCGUGCCUGAGGAUCGCCACGCCAGUGGAUCAGCUUCCGAGGAUCGAUGCACAGCUCGCUCAGUCGCAGAACGUCGUGGCUAAGUACUCAACCUUAGAAGCUGCUGCUCAAGGACUCAUCGCCGGCGAUGAAAAGGAGCUUGACCACUUCAUGACACAUUAUGUACUAUUGCUUUGCUCUUUCAAAGAACAAUUGCAACAGCAUGUUCGUGUUCAUGCAAUGGAAGCUGUUAUGGCCUGUUGGGAAAUUGAGCAGUCUCUUCAAAGCUUUACAGGAGUGUCUCCUGGUGAAGGCACAGGAGCAACAAUGUCUGAGGAUGAAGAUGAGCAAGUAGAGAGUGAUGCUCAUUUGUAUGAUGGAAGCUUAGAUGGCUUAGGGUUUGGUCCUCUUGCUCCCACUGAGAGCGAGAGAUCCUUAAUGGAGCGAGUUAGACAAGAACUCAAACAUGAACUCAAGCAGGGUUAUAAGGAGAAAAUUGUAGACAUAAGAGAGGAGAUAUUGAGAAAGAGAAGAGCUGGAAAAUUACCAGGAGACACCACCUCCGUUCUCAAAGCUUGGUGGCAGUCUCAUUCUAAGUGGCCUUACCCUACUGAGGAAGAUAAGGCGAGGUUGGUGCAGGAGACGGGGUUGCAGCUCAAACAGAUAAAUAAUUGGUUCAUCAAUCAAAGAAAGAGGAAUUGGCAUAGCAAUCCAUCUUCUUCCACCGUCUCAAAGAACAAACGCAGAAGCAAUGCAGGUGAAAACAGCGGAAGAGAGCGUUGAAGUCACUUUGAAGCUCCCAAAGAGAGAUCCAAUAGCUUGAUAGAAAAUUGGAGACAUGAAGGCAAAGCUUUUACAUAAAACCAACGUAGAAUGUAAUUUUUAUGACAUUGCAUGGUUUAUGUGACUUCGUAUUUUAUAAUUAUUAGGAACACACAAAACCCAAAUCAAGAAGAAGAGGCAGCAGCAUGAUUUGUAAUAUAAGGUUUUAGAUGGAAUCUAUGACAUGAUAACAUCUCCACCAUCAUAUACAUAUAAACCUUAGUUAUGCUGAUAAUGAUAAGUAUAUAUUAUUAUAUUUUGUCAAUUGAUAGUUUCAGCUUCUUCUUUUUGUGUGAGUGGAACCACUUCUAUAUGUUAGCCCUAAUCCAAUACAACGAAACUCCGUGCCGUUUAUUCACAUCCGAAGCUGCAAAGGUCGCCGGCAAAAGACGAAAGAGAGACUUAGCAUAGCAUGAUGUUUUCCAUUUCGGCCCCCUUUAUUUUCUCAAGCUCCAUUGGGUUUUCACUGUCCACUAUUGGGCCUCGCUGUCUCUUUGUAAUCUGAGAGGAGCGUUUAUCGCUAAGUGGGCCAAUCAUAAAAGACAGCUGUGUAUUAUCUGUGAGUUUACAUUGCUGAAUUAAAGAAAGAUUCGCUAUCUGAAAGUGACGCGAAAAAAUAAAGUGCCGAAGAUAAUAAAGUGCUAGUGGAUGAGAGAAUAAAUCAGAGAGGAUGACAAGGAAGUUAAAACAUUCUCUCUAGUCUAGUCUAUCAUGCGCUUCUUUCUGUUUCAUGUUAGCUAAUGUAUAUAUGCAGAAAAUUUCUGAUCUUAUAUUCUAUAACAAAUAUAUUCCACGGGUGUUUCUGUAAAAGCUUAGAAUAUAAUACGAGAGAAGAAGCUCUUACCGAACACCAAUACGAGG